CAUACAUUUUGGCUCUUUCCAAUCAUUUUAGCCGCACUCUGUCUCGGCGGAGAGAGUUGUCCAAAUAUUAAGCUAGAUUUUCCGCACUAAUUUCUCCAUCUCUAGUCCAACUGCUGUAUAUUCACAAAAUGAAUUUAGCGAAAGCUUUAACCUCCUCUGUUGCAGUCCAAAAGCUAAAUGAAGAGCUAUUGGUGGUCGUAGGAGGUGGAGCAGCAGGUGUUUAUGGCGCCAUUAGGGCUAAAACCCUGGCCCCCAAUCUCAAUGUCAUGGUUAUAGAGAAAGGAAAACCUCUUUCCAAGGUCAAAAUUUCUGGAGGAGGUCGGUGCAAUGUGACGAAUGGACAUUCAACCGACUCAAAGAGUUUGGCAGAGCAUUACCCUAGAGGCCAUAAAGAAUUUAGGGGCUCCUUCUUCAAUGUUCACGGUCCAAUGGAUACAAUGUCCUGGUUUUCCAAUCACGGAGUUGAACUGAAGAUUGAGGAUGAUGGAAGGGUUUUUCCUGUCAGCAACUGUUCUGCUUCCAUAGUUGAUUGUUUGAUGUAUGAAGCAACACGUGUUGGAGUUUCCUUGCAGACUGGAAAAGUUGUUACAAGUGCAUCGACUAGUAGUGGUGGGAAGUUCGUCUUGAAGAUUCAAAAGAUCGUUGUUGAACAUGUUGAAGCAAACUAUUUAUUGAUUGCUAGUGGAAGUAGUCGGCAGGGCUUUAGUCUUGCUGCUCAGCUUGGACAUUCUCUUAUAGACCCAGUGCCUAGCCUAUUUACUUUCAAGAUUGAAGAUCCCCAGUUGGCAGAGUUGUCAGGGGUCUCGUUCCCUAAGGUCAGGGCAAAACUCGAGUUAGAAAACAUGCAGAGGCAUCUUCCACAGUAUACGCAGGUUGGGCCUAUGCUUGUCACACAUUGGGGACUGAGUGGACCGGUAAUUCUUCGGUUAUCUGCUUGGGGAGCCCGUGACCUAUUCGCUUCAAAUUAUAAAGGCCUGCUCAUUGUGGAUUUUACACCUGAUUUGCAUUUAGAAGAUGUCAAGUCAAUCCUUAGCCGGCACAAAUCUCAGUUUAUGAAGCAAAAAGUACACAGUUCAUGUCCUUCAGAUUUUGGCCUUGUGAAAAGAUUCUGGAAAUAUUUGUUGGAUCGAGAGGAAAUACAUGAUGAGAUCUUGUGGGCUUCAGUCUCAAACAAAUCAUUAGCUUCCGUUUCUUCUCUGUUGAAGAAGUGCAUAUUUAAAGUCUUGGGAAAGGGUCAAUUUAAAGAUGAAUUCGUCACUGCCGGAGGCGUUCCGCUGUCGGAGAUCUCACUGAAAACAAUGGAGAGCAAAAUUCAUUCUCGCCUAUUCUUCGCGGGAGAGGUGCUAAAUGUCGAUGGUGUAACUGGUGGUUUCAACUUUCAGAAUGCUUGGUCCGGUGGGUAUAUAGCUGGAACUAGCAUUGGCAAACUUGCAAAUGGUGGUCUUCUAGGGAGGGGUGAUGUAGGCAAUGUGGCAUAAGCAUUUUUUUUUCACCAGUUUUAAUGAAUUUUUUUUAAAAAUAUAUUAAUUUUGUCUUCAAUAUUAAAUUUAAUUGUUAAGCAUUAUGAGUUAGACAAACUCUACAAAAUUCAGAGAGAAUAGAAUUCAAACUAUGGUAUUGGUGGGUAGUUAUCUAAGAUUUAAUAUCCUAUGAAUUUUUUAGGCAACUAUUAAAUUA